AUGUUUGGUCGUAUUGGAGGCCAGACUCUCCGUUGCCUCACUCGGCGUCAGAUUACGAAGAGAAAAUUAUGUGAUCGCAGCUUUACUACGCAGACUGGCACCAGUGCAGCUGCGGCGCCAAUUUCCUCACCUCUCGGAGGACUUACAGUCGAGCUUGAUCGCAUUGCACCCCGAUUUGAGGUGCCAGCCUCGCAAAUCACUAUUCUUGACUCACCUGCCAAUUUCUACUAUACUUUAAAGAGCAAAAUUCGAAACGCAAAGCGUCGCAUCUAUCUUUCUACACUUUACAUUGGCAAGACGGAGUAUGAGUUGAUUGAGACAAUAUCUGAUGCUCUUCGCGACAAUCCGAACCUACGAGUUUCAAUCCUCACAGACGCUCUGAGAGGGACACGGGAGACCCCAAACCCUUCUUGCGCAUCGCUUCUCUGCUCAUUGGUCUCAAAAUAUGGCGCGGAUCGAGUUGACAUUCGGAUGUUCCACACGCCGAACUUAACUGGAGUAAGGAAGAAAUGGAUACCUAAACGUAUCAAUGAAGGUUGGGGCUUGCAGCAUAUGAAGCUGUAUGGUGUGGAUGACGAGAUUAUACUCUCAGGCGCGAAUCUAUCAGAGGACUACUUCACGAAUCGACUCGACCGAUAUCAUGUUUUCCAGUCCAAGGAUUUGACUGACUACUUUGCUGGAGUUCACCACGGAGUUUGCAGCUUAAGCUUCCAAGUCUUGCCGGACCCUCAUCACACCUCCGGGUAUCUUUUGGACUGGCCCACUGCGAAUGCCGGUCCUUCGCCAUUGGACGAUCCGGAACGUUUUGUCGAGAGCGCUUCAAAUAGACUUCGACCUCUCAUUCAAGCUUCUCAAGAGACGUCCGCCACGUUCUCUUCCUCCAACAAGACUUUCGUUUAUCCUGUUGCUCAAUUUACACCACUCUUGAAACCCGACAGCUCUACUGAGUUCCCGGCUGUCACCAACAUACUUCGUCUCCUUGCUGAGGUACCUGCCUUCUCAGGGGCUCGAUGGCUCUUCACUGCUGGCUACUUCAAUAUACACCCUGAGCUAUCUUCCUUGCUGAUCUCAAGUACCUCUCGUGGGACCACCAACCCUUCCACCACAAGGGGCACAGUCCUUACCGCCUCGCCUUGGGCUAAUGGAUUCUAUGGCUCUCCAGGUGUAUCUGGCAUGCUGCCCGCGGCCUACACCCACCUUUCCGCGCGUUUCCUGGACCGUGUCGCUGCUGCACAGGCGACGAACUUCAUCCAGCUGAAGGAAUGGCGUCGGGGUACUGUGGGCAAGCCAGAUGGGUGGACCUAUCAUGCCAAGGGUCUUUGGGUCACAUUGCCGAGUGAAGAGAACCCCAGCCUCACCUUUGUGGGAAGCAGCAAUUACACGAAGCGAAGCUACAGUCUGGAUCUUGAGGUCGGGGCAGUCGUUGUCACGAAUGACCAAGAUCUCAAACAGAGGCUCGGCGAGGAGACGCAGUGGCUGCAGAAUGAUUCGAAGCAGAUUUCGAGGGAAGACCUCAUGCGCACUGAAAGGCGUGUUGGCUGGAACGUGCGGCUUGCUAUGUGGAUCGUUGAAAAGGUCGGCGGUGCCCUAUAA